UUCAGUGGCAAUUUGUUUUACUGCGACUGUGUUGUUCACCCUAACGGUGUGGCUAGCGUAUUUCACAUUGCUAGGGACAGUGUGCAAGUCUGUCACAUUGUAAAGUUUUAGAUUGCCAAACUGUUCAUUCUGUGUGGCAUUCAAAAGCUCACGCAGUUUGGCAGGAAGUACAUGUACAAGAGUAGCUUUUUAUUACUUUAUCACAAAUCCCUAUAUUACAGCAAAGUAUCCUCUGGGAAAUGUUUCCUCCCCCAAGAAGGUCAAGUUUAGUGACUCAAUGGGUGAAUAUGCACACUUAUCUGUUGUGCAGUUGGGCCUCUGUGAUUAUUGUCUGUCAGUUAGAGGCUCUCUGGUGAGCCAUCACUUGAGUACUGAGACACAUGUUGACCCCCCAUUGAGGAGGGAUUUACUUUCAGUUGUUUGUUGUGGGGGUCCCUACAUUUGUCAGUUCCCGAGGGGGGGAAUAAAACGUUCUCUUCAUUUCCAGAGUCUCAAUAUUCCAAUAGUACACUGAAUGUUGUAAACAAUAGGGAUGUACCAUUGUGGUUAUACAGGGAAUUUUUGUAAGCAACUGAAUAUGUUCACUGUUGAUAGAGGUCAGUUCCUUCAGGUGAUAGGAGUAACUCACCCCCAUUUGAACAUGGUGGUACAGUCUGCUCUCCAGACUAGCCCACACAUUGUGGAAUGUGCGCACCUGCUGCAUACCAUAGAAUUUGUACAUGUACUAGUACCACCGUCCACCACUAUGAGUACAGUACCUGUACACACUUUUGGAUGCAGUGAACCCAUGAAGGAUUUGUGAUUGUCAACUCAGGAGUUAGUAAUGUGAGAUAAAUAAGCUGAGGAGACCUGCCCUACAACAACAGUAGCAAGUUAUGUGUAGUGUAUACCGGUAGUCGGUACAUGUACAUGUAGAUUGGAGUUCACAGAGUGGGCUGAAAUAGUAUGGUAUUUUACAAGCAUGACAAGUACUGUAGUUACAUGUAUUUCCUUGUGUAUUUUGAAAUUUGUCCACUGAUUAAUCUGAUUGGCUUGCCAACUCAACAGGAUCUCGGGAAAAGUCUGCAUUGAAAAUAUUCCAGCAUGGGCCUCAAGUCAUUCUUCUUUGGCCCCUCCCACGGUCGUCACAAGUACAACAAGAACCCUCCACCUGACACAGGACCGCCCGGCGCCGCAGCCGAAGCUCACCCCUCCUCCUCGUCAAGUGCCCAGUCCCCCAAGCGCAACAGUCGCCUGCGACGCUCCCUCAGCAUGAAGAAGCUGCGGAGUAGCUUCCGUCGCAAGGAGCACGCCCAUGUGCCUGCUGCCAGCAAGCCCCACCAGUGGCAGCAGGAUGAGAAGCUUGUCCGGGCCGGCUCCUGUAACUUCAGCGUCAAGUAUCUUGGCUCCAUUGAGGUCACAGAGUCCAGGGGGAUGCACAUCUGUGAAGACGCAGCCAAACAACUCAGGGCGAGCACUAAGAAGAAGGUCCGUGCGAUUUUAUGGGUUUCAUCUGAUGGACUGAGAGUUGUAGAUGAGGAAAGCAAGGGGUUGAUUGUGGACCAAACAAUCGAGAAGGUUUCCUUCUGCGCCCCGGAUAGACAUAACGACAAGGGAUUCUCCUACAUAUGCAGAGAUGGAACCACCAGACGCUGGCUCUGUCACUGUUUCCAUUCGCUUCGGGAACCAGGGGAACGUCUCAGCCAUGCAGUGGGCUGCGCCUUCGCCGCCUGCUUGGAGCGCAAACAGCAGCGGGACAAGCUGUGCGGUGUCAAGGUGGAGUUUGAUGUCAACAAGACCAGCUUCACCCGGCAGGGCUCCUUCCGCCAGCCCACCAUGACAGAGCAACUGGAGGCCGCCGCUGCCCAGGAGGCUGAGAAAGAAAACGAGAUCCAAGAAGUUGUCGGUCCCAAACCAGCCGAAAUGCCCUUUGCCAGACCCCGGCAGCAUGCCCCAGACGCCAUGCUGCUCCGCCAGGGCUCCUUCCGCGGCUUCCCCAACCUGAACGUGCAGUCACCGUUUAAGCGCCAGCUGUCACUGCGGCUCAACGAGCUGCCCUCCACGCUGCAGCGGCAGCAAAACAUCCUGCAUACGCACCCCGAGGUGCCUUCAGAAGAAGAGAUGGUUGAAAGACAUGAAAGUGAAGAAGUGACUCCGCCAACCAGUCCAUCUGCCUCCGCAUCAUUCCCACAGCAGCAGCAACAGCAGCUGCAGCCAGUACCUCAACAGCAGCAACAGCCAUUCCAACAGCAGCAGCCAGCAGUGGCAGUGGGGCAGCCUGGCCAGGCCAUCAGCAUUUCAGCAGCCUGCCAGGAGCUCUCGGAAGGCCUGUUUGAGUUGUCCAGUAGAGAUGCCUUCCCAACGCAGCCUGUCCCACAGCAGCAGCCCCUGGCCGUCCAGCCCACAGCUGCGGCCGCCUUGCAGCAACCUGUGCCUCAGCAGCCCAUGGUGACGACAAGGCAGCCCAUGACAGCACAACAAGCAGUACUUGCACAGACAGAGACCAACCCUUGGGCAUCUCAACCCCAGGCCCAGGCCAGUCUGAAUCCCUGGGAUCCCCCAACAGCGCAGAUGGCCGGUGCCAAUGGCGUCUCCCAGGCCGAGAAGUGGCUGAACCAGACCUCCCAGACGGUCUCCAAAGUGCCGGCCGCGCCUAUGCAGAACGGCUUCGGUAGCAGCAGCAGCGUGGGCCGCCAGCCUGCCGUCCACCUGCAGAAUGCAACAUACGAGGCCACCCAGCCGAUGGUCAUCGCCAACCAACCCCCGGCGAUGAAUUUCAACAACAGCGCCACGGCACCCGUCUUCAUCCCUGGGCGCCCCCAGCAACAAGCCCUGGCUGCCGACGGAACCGGCAGCAGCAGCGUGGGGAUUAGCGGUGGCUGGACGUCGGACCUGUCCAGGACUUUGCCCGAUUCGGCCGCCGCCCAGCGCGGCCCCACCAAUGGCUACUCCAGCUCCUUUGAGGCCAAGUGGGAGGCCCUCCCCAGCAACCAGACCCCGGUGAUGGCCAACAAUCCCUUCGCCAAUGCCACCAAGGCCUUUGAGAUCAAUCUAUGAAAGCAAUCAGAAUGUAUUCCCUGUGGUGGAUUCAGCCAGCUGGUGGAAACUUGGUGCAAGGGAUACAUUCUGCUCAUGUCCUGUACAGUAACUCUUCAGAGGGGUAGUUUUUGUGGUGGCUGCUUUGUGUGUAUUCCGUAAUUUUAUUUUUUUAAUCGGUCAUAAACGGUAGAAGAUCCUGUUAAAUCAGUCAGUAUUUGUCUUGGUCCCUGAGACCUGGAAAUAGUCCAUAAUCAGUAAUGCUUGAGAGUGGAAAGGUCUCUACCGGUACUAAGCCAAAGUUCCUCCCUGCACUCAUCUGAUAGCAACAAUUACAAAGCUCAAUGAAAUAGUACUUCACUCACAAGCACGUCACCUGUGCACAUACGACACUCCUUUGACCGUAGGGUGUUAAGAACUCUUCACUAAAAUGCACGUGUGUUUCAAAUAUGUGGACAUGUGAUGUAUACACAUUGUAGUAUGGGUUAGUUUCAUUUCAUGUUAGUUUCAUAAUCGUGUUCACAGGAAUAUCAUUAACCCUAACACUCCUCAAUCCUUCACCUGUUGGAGGACUGAGGAGUGUUAGAGUUAACAGUCGAAGCUGAGACGGAAAUCAGAAAUGCUGUGCUCCUCAGACAGAAUCUUGGGUCACAGGAAGUAAUGUACUUGAACAUGUACAUGUACUUUCAAUCCAACAUGGAUUCAUUUAACUCUCAAAGAGUCAGGUUAUUUUGGACCAUUUCGCAGCUGGGGGGACCCCUCAACAACAGCCUGAUCAUUGUGAAACUUAGGACGCGUGUAAAGACGCUCAUUAUCAUUACAAGUGUGGAGUUUCAGUGCAGAGUUUGGAUGGUACGGUCAUUUGAAAUCAUGACCUUAAAUGGAUUGACCUGUCUGACAUCGAGCAGCCAGUGGAAAGAGUAUGUAUUCUGGCAGGCCCAUUUUGGAAAAGUGUGCAUUGCGUGAGAAAUGCAUGUCCAAUUCUCACAAAAUUGGUGUCAAAAUAACUCCUGAAAAAACUCCUGAAGCCUUGGCAUGUGAAAAAAAAUGGACUAUGAUGAUACUGGAGAAACUGUUGAUGGGGUUCUUUGAGGGUUAAACAAGGUCAUUCAACCAUGAAAGAUUAGGCAGACUCUGAAAUUUAUUGCUGCGGCUAGAAAUGACACACAAGCCUACCGGUAUGGAAGCCGCCAGGUAAUGGCCGCAGCCACUUCCCGUAGACACACACGUUUACACUGGCAGCGGCUAAGUCAUUCAGAUGCAGCCUUAGGUGGUAACCUGCCUCAGUGAGAGCGUAGCAUUUCGUGAUAUUUGGCUGGUAACCUGGUUUUAGCUCAACAACCGUCUGUAAUCAGCAGAUCUUCAAUUUCAGCCGAGAUUGCCUGUUCCAACGUAUUGUUAUCUUCACAGCCUGGUCAGAUAUGUAAACCGUGAUUUGUAAAUACCAAAGGGUAUAUUUUAGAAUUUAUACAUUGAAACCAAAAAAAAAGUUUUCAGGAGAAUGAAUCUUGUUAAUUAUUUUAAUGGAAGUAUUUGUAACCUACUCACAGAACAAGGAUUUUAAAUGAGUAGUUAAAUAAGGUAUGACUCCAAUGGCCAAUUUUGCUUGGUCGGCAUCAUCUACUCGGAGAAAUCUUGUCAUCUGUUUAAAAGACUCAAGCUGGUUUACAGGGAGACAAUUCAGUCGCAAUUCUCCGAUUCCCGAGAGCAGAGUACUUUCAUUGGGUCAAUCCCGUGUUUUACCUUUGUACAGAAUACCAGUAUUUGGGACUGACUUUGCACAAAUCCCUAUCACUGUGUUUGUCACAUGUCACAGUAACAGCGUCAUGAUGGGGUGGUGUGGGAAGGGGUCUAUAUUAUUUGCUAUCCCAUAAUAUAACUGUUUGGAAAGAAACAAGACUACUGAGACUACAAGUACCUGUACUCUCCAUUUCUGUCAGUACUUCACAUUAUUACGGUAACUGUCAGUUACAUUUUUAUUUAUAUUUUUAAUAUUUUAAUUUUUUGUUUUUUUUGGUGGGGGUGGAAAUUUUGAGUGAUUUUAAAUGAAAGUAGAAAUAUCCUGUAGUCCAGAAAGUUUGACGAAAUUAUGUUGACAAGUUCAUAUGUCUGUGCUUUAGAAGAUUCGAUACCCUGAAAAAAAAUUUGAAACCGAAAAUUUGUGCUACCUUUUAGCACCGGAUCAUGCACAAGUUUUCCAGUGAGACAUUGCAUCUGCAAAAAUUAUCAAGCCGGGAUAAAUUAAAGUUAAAAUAUCCAAAGUUGGAGUUUCCUAAUCCUAAUUCUUACAGUACUAAUGUACAUGUACAUUGAAAUUUGCGCACAGCGCAUGAGGAUAGUAAUAUUUUUGGACAACCAAAUGAAGUACUAGUGCUAGUACUGAUGGUACUAGUGAGUGCCUUUUCAGUUGAAAAAAAGAAUUUCUUCCAAUAACCAGUAAGAGUCCAUGGAAUGGAGAUUUGUUAGCAGAGCACAGACAUAUUGAUAUAAGUGUAAAUUCUCUCCAAUUUCUGCACUAUUUAUUCCAGUUUUUAUUUCUUGAUUAGUUUUUAAAAUCUCAGCUAUGCUUGUUCACCCAAAUUCUUUCUGAAGCUUGUGAAGCAUCUUCAUCCACAAGAGUGUUUGAUUCUGCAGUGUUUAAUCCCAUCCGCAUUAGCAAGCCAAAGGUGCACGCUCCACCAGGUCUUCCAAUUGCAGCAAGAGCCACCCGGGAUUGGCACACGUUACUCCAGAGGGGACUGGCUUGUUAUAAGCCUGCCUCUUGUCUGUGGUCGGUCGCCAUGUCGGCAAGUCAUGCGUGCAGAUUGCGUCAGCAGGGGUCUUUAAGUGUGAUCAUGUUAUGUUAAGGUCGGUUCACACGUGACGUUUAAGCCAUAGUCCCAUUUUUAAAAGGUUGAACAUACAUGUACUUUCAAUUCCAGAUUUCCCUGCAAAUGCUUUGAGAUGUACAACUUGUUUUUUUUUCACCCAAGCUUCCACAUGUUGCUUAGGACAUACGAAAUUACAUCAUCAAAAGGCAAACUUUUUUAAAAAGAUGAAGUUUCCGUCAUACUCUGCAUCUGUUUAGAAUUUGGUUCAGAUCUUUAAUAAUGGAGGCAGCACAUAACUUUGCAUGGUGUCUAUUUCAGCACAAGGAUUGAUGUUGUGAACAGUUUCAUGGUGUCGGCACUAAUCAACUGAGCGGUAAAUAUCCCUCAGCACUGAGAUUAAUGAUGGCAUUUACAGUACCAAGCUAGAAAUGGUUCUUCCUACACGGUUCAAGGUUCUUCGAUCAAUAAUUCACUUACAGUGUAAUUCAUGUGCGUGUGUGCCUUGAAUUGAGAAUUAUGCGCAGCACGCACAAGAAGCGAGGUACAUGUACCGCUUCCGUGAAUGUUUUGGAAUUGUGAUCACGGAUCGGCCUGUGCCCUUGUCCAUUAAGAGUCUGGGGUCUAUUGCCAAGUCUCAUUUUUCCUCCGUCUACGGCUUUACCUUGAGUUCUGCAACCAGUUCCAAACACCUAGUUUGGGAAUCAAAUGAGCAUUUUUUUUCAAAAGCUUGACCUCUCACCACACACACUGGGUGUUCAUGUUGAUGAAAGCAGACAGCAGAAAUGCCUAAAGCCCCAAGAUUGAUCCAGAGCCGAGAUCUGGGAAAAGUCUCCAGUAUUGAUCUCAUGCCGCAAGUCAUAGAGAAAGAUGGCAACCCUGCAGGUUGAAGCGAACCCCUACGUUUGCCAAUUGGCACAUGUGGAAAGGUCUGAAGGUUUGUGUUGAAAUGGAGGAUUAAAGAACAGCUGUGCCAAGACUGGGGGGGGGGAGCUGUGGACGAACUUUUGUAAUGAGUUGUCGUUACACUAGCAAUGUCCGUUUGGUUGCAAGGUCGUUUUGCUGCUUGGUUCACUUUUGUAGAUGGUCCAUUCACUUCUUUGAUAGACAGGGUCACUGUCUAACAUCUAUCAGUCACUGUAAUACCCCAGGGGACCCUUUCAGAACUUAAUUAGCCCGGUGGAGAUUGUGCAAGCACGUCCGUCCGGGGUUGGGAACGAUUGGCAACAUACAACAAGGCUGGAAAGAUGCUAUUUUUAGCAGGGAGGCAUUGUCCCAAUGUGAUUUUUUAUCUCGGCAAGAAAAGACAUUCUGAGUACGGACAACCAGAAUGGAAAUUGUUCU